AUGCCACACAUUACUUAUGAGGGAAGUCGCAUCCGUCCCAUCUCAAGCACCUACAAUGUCAUGAUCACAUUGGUUUACCCCUUUUUUGGUAGUUUAACGGACGGUCGCCCCUCCAACAAUAAAAGGUAGAAAAAUGGAAAGUUCUCUGCUAUUUGGAUAGGAGAAUUUAUGGAGGAAAUCGGGUUUUAAAUUUCCAGAAACCGCACGAUUAUAUAGCCAAAGGGAAUACGCCGCGCCUAAAAUCAUCCCAAGCGCUGCUAAUGUGACUACUAAGCUAUUUCUUUGAAAAGCUCCUACUAAGAUGGGAAAUUCCCCGACAAAGCUUCUAGUACCAGGUGAGCUCAUAUUGGCCAAAGUGGAAGAGAAGGAAAUGGUAGAGAGAUUCGGCAUGGUGCUCACUGAACCUCCACAAUGUCUAGCAAGUCGAGUCUUAUGUCGUUCAUAUAGAACAGCAACACAGAAAAAGGGCUGGAGGAACCGGUCCAUGACUUGACAUCGGUAGAAUGCUACCUCUAAUUCCCUGUAUGUUCGAUAGAGCCAAAUAUUCCCCCCCCACCCCCCCCUGAUCGGAGUACGCCGAUUACCCCCCGAACCGUACAAGAUAGUUACCUCCGAUCAUACGGCUUUCUAACUCUACUUCUGGUCGUUCCGCUCUGUCGGAUCGAUGGUAGUAUCAGAGAUCUGUAAUCCCCCGACAUUUUGGACAACAUGGUUCCUGCUUCCGUUUAGAGUUUCACAUCUUUUUCCCACGGUCAUACUAAAGUAUCACAUCGUAGAUCCCCAUCCCAACUCUAUCUUCCUUAUCAGUGAACCGGAACAUAGUGCAUAGGUACUCUUCGAUGCUGCGGGGACGAGACGACGUGACAUACUACGAUCACGUACAGAAGUGCUGCCCUUUCGUCUCGGCAAUAUAAUAUGGAACCUAUCAACUGCUCCCUUGUUGGGGUCCUAUCGGGAUAAGUAGGCCCAAGCUUUCCCCUCCCCCGCCUCAGACAUAAAGGCAGUAGUUCCCCGUACCGUAGGCUCCUCUGUGACGCGGCCGUCAUCUUUUGUUACGUUCCACCGCUGUUACGCCAGAAGUCCAAGGUCAGGUUCCACAAACCGUUCUGCGGCGUGGUGGCAGGACCGCUAGGGGAUUAGCUCGGGGUGUAAGUAGGGAACGCAGGAGUCAUGCAAAUACAUAGGCCCCUUCCCUUUGCCGAGUAGCUUAGAAGUUCCGUUCAACGGUCCCUCGGAUCGAACAAAAGGUUAGGCAGGUAGUACGGGCCCUCUGACUUCCAGCUAUGUGUUGUGCGGCUCCCGCGAAGCGAAUGAAGGGAAGCUCUUCGAGCUUUCUCAGCCAGGGGCUUAUGUAGUGAGCAGCCCCCCUUACGAAACCGAAAGCAGCCUUUGGUACUUAACUUAAGUAGUUAAGGCGAACAGCCCCUCUUGCAACUAUGAUAGAGAGCCGUCUGCUUGUUGCCAAACCAACCCCGAACUUUCUUUUGAAUCGUCUUUUGAAAAGUAGGGGGGGAACCCUUAAACUAAGAGGCACACUUUUUUAUGGCCUGUAAUGAUAGAAUAGAUAUGGAUAGACAGACAUUCCAUUGACUCACGAAAUGGCUCGUCGAUCCAACACUGAGCGAGAGUAAGAAUUGAGAGUUUGUCGACUAAAAAAACUGAGCGAGAGUAUGUCUUUGUGAAUAAAUCAGAACAGGAAAUAAUAAAAUUCCUGAUAGCUUUGUGAUUUUUCUUUUAUUUGUUAUUAUUGAUAUCUAGAAAUUGAAUUUCUGCUGUUAUUAUGAUCCUAUGCUCAUAUAUUUUUCCUAUAAUCUUUAUCCUCUCUCUAUCAAUUUUUUUAUUUUUUUCUUAGUUCUCAUAACUAAUAAUGAGGAAAUUGAGAGAGUGACGUAGGUAGGGGGAGGUGAGAUUUUUCCUGCGUGUUUAGGUGUCUUUUGAUUAUAUUCUCUCCUUUAUCUUUAUGAAAACCAUGGGUUUGUAGAUAUAUCUAUUUUGGAUCCUAGAAGAUAUGUUACGUUUCAAUUCAUGUAAAAUUUUGUUCUCUCUUCUAAUGAGAUAUGCGAUGCUUUCUUGGUGAAGUUUCUCUGAUAUGCUUUGUACGAAGUUAAUGGCUUUGAAGACCUGUCCCACAAUUUAGUCCUUGUUGCUCAAUGUCCUCAGCCAUCAUAUUUUCUCAAGGCAUGUAUGCAAAGUGUUGAGAAACAACUUGUUCUUUAUAUUAAUUUCACUCAUCAAUAGCUUCUUAUAUUCAUUUCAUUUUGUAUUUCUUCAUUCAUUACUUGAAUGAUCAUAGUCUGUGCACAAUUCCUUAAAUGUCAUGGCUACUUUGAUCUUAAAUAAACUCAUCUAUGCCACAUUUGACUAUUAAAUGACCAAAUAAUCAAUAUUCAACUCCAUUUUUUAACCAAACUUCCACAAUGUGUUAUCCCAACACAUGAAAUUCACAUAAAGUAUAAAAUUAUCGUUGAAUUGAUAAUUAAUGAAAUAUCUAAUCAUCGCACCUAGUUAUUUUACCUCUCUUGUGGAUGUUGAUGGAUUCCUUCAAACCACAAAUCCUAGUGUCAUCGUCUUCUUCUCUUUUCUCACAUUUUCUUUCUAUAUUUUCUAGUGAUCUUUUCAACACUCCUAUGCUUGUGAGUAAUACAACUAAGGAUCUUACUUCCACUUAGGAUAAUUGUAUGAUUUAAUUUUAUACCGCUGUCUCACUAAAUAUUAUAGACACUAGAUCAUGUCAUUUUACCUUUCUCAACUAUAUUCGAAGUCAAAAUUCAAAAAAAUAAGGCUGGUUUCCUACCCAACCCAUUAGUAUCUCUGAGAAUAUCAUAAUACAUAGAGUUGCUGGAUGCGUAUCUCCACCAUGGCAAUUUUCAUCCUGAAAUUGACUUCAAAUUGUUAUCAUUAAUUCCCUCAUUGCUCAAUGGGUGGCAGCAAUAAUGAAGGUGGCCCACUAACAUUCCCAUGGAGGCAAAAAGAAGAUUUGUUGAACUAUUACAAACAAUCUCAAAAAAUAAUUCAAUAUAUUUAUUUCUCAUUGAAAUACUUCAACAACAAGUAAGUUUUAUGGUACUUUUUUUUUCUAAUUUGAGACUUAUUGUACAUUAGAUGAUAUUGUCAACCAACUUAAUCAAAUCCUAUGUGUUGAGAUAUGGAUUAACUUAGUAAUAAUUUAAUUAUUUCAAAUUAUGAAAUUGAUUACGUUAAAUGUGAAAUUGUGAAUUAUUUACUUGAUUUUAGUAUCAAUGACAUUGAAAGACAUUGAUGACAAUCUUGGUUGCUAGAUAUUAAAAAAUUCUCAAUUACAUUCUUGUUACAAGUAUAAAAGUUAAAUAUCUGAGUAUAAAUAUAGUAAUAGAUUUGUGUAAAAUAAUGUAGUAAAACGUUGAAUUGUUAUUUAUUUUCCAUGAUUAAUGAAUUAAUACCUGUGCCCUAGGGUGAAAUAAUCUGAAAGUAUGACCAAUGUGUCUAAAAUGAUUUUUAUUUGAAAAAAAAAUUCAUAUAUAUAGUAUGUGUCAAUCAAUAGAAAGCUCCUCCAAAGAAAAAUGGAAUAGAAAAAGUUACUCUUAAAAGUCAUACCUACUUGAUUUAAUUGUCUUAUGGAUGAUUUUACUUUUUUUUCAAAACUUGGACACAGCCCACUAAGGUUCUCCUAGACCAACCAUUAGAUCCAAUAAAGGCAUAAGAGGUGAUGGUUGUUUCAAAAGGUUUCUUUCUAUUUAUGUCCUCUCAAAUCUUGAAAAACUCUGGGUGAAUUUCUAAUUGAUUUAAGAGAGUUGUUCACAUCAAAAGAAGUUUUAGAUAUUUCCUCCAUCAAUUUGACUCUUCUAAAAUCCUUCCAUAACUCAUGAUACAUUAAAUGAUAGUUGAAUCUAGCAUUAACUACAAUUUCAUAGUGAUUAUUUGUUACUAUUGUGAUUUUUAAUAGGUGAAUUGGUUGAAAAACCUGGUGUGUUAGCAUUGCAAUUAUAUAAGUGUUGAGUUGCUCAUUGUCAUGCUUCAAUGGAGAGAUAUAUGAUUAUUAGUUAUUAGGGUUCUAGUUGAAGUCAUCAGAAGCUCCUAGAGCAUGGUGACUGAUGGAGUGACUGAGCCAAUCAAUUCAUCUCAAGUUGACUCAAUGGAGCCAGCUCAAGAAUAUGAUCAACCUCAAGUGUGGAACCUCCACUAACAUCAAGACCUCUCUUCCCAAGGAGGUCAGCCCAAAUUAGGGUCCUCCCUAAUGUGCGGAUCAACUUGAUUCAAGUCAACCGGCAGCUGCCACCCUUGGUGGAUCCCAAGUGGAACCUUGGGUCAACCUCUAUUGGAUCCCUUAGGACCAAUAAGAGGAUUCACCCUAUUUAAUGGGCCCAAGAAGAAGAAGAAAUGAGCCCAUGGAGGAAGGCCCAUCAUCCAAUGGGCCCAUAGGAGAAGGAUAAGGCAUGCCCCUCCAUGAAUAACCACCUUCUCUCCCAUUCAUCUCGUCUCUUAUAAAUUGAAGAUGGAAUGCCAUCUGAAAAGAACAACUUUUUUGGAAUUGGAAUAACCCCACCCGUCUUGUCUUUCUCUCUCUCUCUCUCUCUCCUAUUCUCUCUCUCAUUCUCUCCAAUUCUUCUCUCGUUCUCUCUCUCUCUCUCUCUCUCUUUCUCUCGUUCGUUCUUCUCUCUCUCACCUCCUCUCCCUCUCUAUUUUCCGCCUCUCCCUUUCUCUCUCAUUCUCUCCCUCUCCGUCCCGUUCUCUCCCUUCGUCUUACCUCUUUCUACGCUACUUAUCCUCCGCCGGAAUCUCUUACCCCUUCGUUCCCUCUAUCUCUAUCUCUUCUAUCUCUUCUCCCACCGUCGCCACGAUCCGCCUCCUCGCCGUCCGCCUCGCCGUCCACAUUGCCGCCACCAUUCCGCCUCCUCGCCGCCGUUCCGCUUCCUCGCCGUCCACCCGUCGCCCCCCUUUUUCUCUCUCCCGCCGACGCCCCGCCCCCCCUUUUUUCUCUCUCCUCCGUCGACGCCUUCUCAUUUCACCACUUUCUCUCUCCGCCCGUUUAUUUAUUAUUUAUCCAUUCAUACCUCCUGCUCUCCAAAUUACUCAUAUAUUUAUUCACGGUCUUUUCUCUCUCCGGCUGCUGCAACCUUAAAACUUGUGCUUCUUCAAAUUCAAGGAUCUUCAAGGUCUUCCAUUGACUAAGGUACAUUGAACCUUCUCCUAUCAUACAAUUUGGUCUAUUCAAAAGUCGUUACUCUUAAAACUUUGUGAUCUAUAGGAUAGCCACUCUCUACAUCUUGGUGAUCUUAAACACGGUUCUAAUCAUCUCUGAUUUCUUGAAUUAAGCCUCCUAAAGAGUAAUUAAAUGAUCCUCUCAUCUGAACUGUGAGAUUAAUCUCCUCUUAACUUAAAUCUUUUCUUUGGAAUUUGAUCUAAAUCUAAUUUCUAGCCACUUCUUAAAUUUCCUAAAGAUUAAGAGAACCCCAUUUUGGAUAGUCUCUAUCCUCUUCUUAGUCCCACAUCAGUGAUAUGAAUAAUUAUUAAUAUGAACCAAAGAUAGAUUCACUAUAGGUAGAUGUAGUUCAAAUGAGUUUACCCAAACUACUCUAAAAUAAUGUCUUUAAUAAUUAUUCCUGAUUUAUCUCAUAUUAUAUAUCCAAUUUGAAAAUUAUCAAAGUAUUCAGAUUUUUAAAAUAUAUUAUAUUUAAUCAUAACAAAAAUUAAGAAACAAUUCAGCUCCUAUUGAUUCAUUUAGUCAUCUAAGGAUCAACACCAAGUUUUAAGAAUGAUCAUCAUGGAUAUUUGAUGGAUAUGUAAGUAUAUCUCUGAUGAAUUGCUAAGAAUUUCAAUGAUAUCUUUUAACUCAUAAUAGAAGGCAUUAUUAUGAGUUAAAAGAUAUAUCAUAAUGACUUAGGUCAAGAUGUUUACAUAACAACCUAAAUGAGAACAUUCAUGUAUAGUCCUACGUGAAGACAUUUAUAUAAUGAUCAAGUAAAAAUGAUUGUAGAAAGGCCAAUAAGUGCAUACACCAUAGGAGUCACAUCUAUGUAUAAUGUAGAGUGUACGAAGAAGUGUUGUGUGCAAUGAUCGUACAUGGUGAACUGCUUGGAAGUGUAUGAAGUGUGGUACACACAAGUAACAAAGGCUUGUCUCUAUGAACACAUAACCUAACAAAGGCUUGUCUCUAUGAACACUUAACCUGAGUAGAUGGCACCAUCAAGUUAAGAUGCACUAAAGAUCUUGGACAGAAUACACAUAAGGCACAUGAUGACAUAGUGCAGAAGUAA